AUGGCAAAGCCGACGAAGGCUUGGCAGGCCGCCUUUACUCUUGGUGGCCCGAUGCCGCCGCAGGUCAAAGAAGGCAUCUCCAAGCAGGACUUCAUCAAGGCCGCCCAGGAGCAGAUCCAGGAGCUGCUGUCAGACAACGGCUGCAACGUUGCAGAGUUCCCCUCUGUGGAUGGCGAUGAGCACUUUGUCGCUAUUUCCAUCGAGGAUCCUAAGGCUCUCCGUGCCCUUGCGGCGAAGCACGAGGUCCGCGCACGGGUGAAGCCAGAAGCAUACAAGACAGCACUGGUGAAGGUCCCGACUGAUCGAAAGGUCAUCAAUGGGGAGGAUUUCGACUUUACCCGUCUCAACUUUGAAGAGCGAUACCUUGACGGCUUGCCGAUCGACAACUUCGGGGGAGCCUUUGUCCACUACUCGGAGGACAAGCAUGCGAAGCUGGAAGAGCUUUCCGAGCCGGACAAGCUUCGAGUCACGAGGCGGACCAUCACGCAAGUCAUCAACAUGGCAGCGCUCGAGGAGGCGGAGGUGGUCACGAAGUUCUUUGCUGCCCAUGACUACAAGAAGGUGCAGGAGCUCUAUGCCCGUGGUUGGAGCAAUCCUCUGAAGAUCCAGUGGCCUUCGCCGACCAUGCCAGACUUUCUUUCAAGGUAUUUUGGCGUUCAGGUUGCCUACUUCUUCCACUUCUACAGCACAUUUGUGCGGUGGUUGCUGAUCCCAGCCGUGUUCGGCAUCAUCGUUACCUUACUGCGCACCUCCACGCUCUUGUCCUUGGAGAAGGUUCACAUCGUCAACUCCGUUUUUGGGGUUGGGUUGUGCUUGUGGACGACAUGGUUCCUUGCAAGUUACAAGCAAGACAUGGACUUUAAGACGCUGCGCUGGGGCAUGAUGGGUGCGAAUAUUGACGUGGCCCCAGUCCGGAAAUCCUUCAGGGACGAACUGCGUGGCACCUUCAAGGAAACGAUGCGACUACUCUUUCACUGGCUGCUCUGUGCGCUCUUCAUCUCUGAAACGGUCGGCGUGGUUUGGUUCUUGACGAGUUCACGGAGUGAUGCCCUUGCCAGUCCAGACGGCACUACCCUGGGCAUGCCAAACUCCUACUACGUCCUGGCUGCCAAGUAUUUGAUCACGCUCAACAUCAAAGUUGUCAAUUUCGCCUGGAUGGCCAUCUCGCCAAUGUUGACUGAGCGUGAGAACUGGCGCACAGAGUUGGACGUGAAAUCGGCCAUGACAUUGAAGCUCUUUGUCGUCAACUUCGUGAUCUUCUACUAUCCUUUCUUCUACACCCUCCUCAUUAUGCCCACCGUUGAGGGCUGCCCAGAAGUGAAGGGAUUGACGGAGCAUCCUCUGCAAGGCUGCCUCAGGAUGGUGCGAGCCGACCUGGCGGUCUUCAUCGUAACCCAGGUGAUAUCGAUGGUAGUGGAAGUCGGAAUCUCGAUUGCCGUGAUGUACUUCAGAAUCAAACGUGAGAUCUCCAGGAAGAAGGGCGGCGAAAGCGAUGGCUUGAGCUACUUGGAGGUCCAGGCAUUCGGAGCACCGUACACAGUCACGGACGAAGUCCGAGACUACCAAGAUGUUGUGUUCAACUUUGGCUUCAUCGCAAUGUUCGGGGUGACAUCACCCUACAUUUGCAUUCUCUGCUUCCUGGCCGCCUUUCCCUUAAAGAGGCUGAUCGGCUACAAGCAUUGCUACAUCCACCAACGGGUGAUUCCCCGCGUCCAGGAGGGCAUCGGGGCUUGGAGCUCCAUCCUCAACGUCGUGGCCUACAUAGGGGUCACAGUCACCUGCUACAUCGUCGUGUUCAUCUACAACGUUGGAGGAAGCAGCAACUUCCGCAUGCUCCUCAUCUUUGUCCUUGCUGAGCGCGCGCUGAUGCUCUUCAAGUUCGCGGUCGAGAGCUUCCUUUCAGCAAAGUCCGUGGCGCACCUGCGGAUCGAGGAGUACAACGACGAUGUUCUGGACAUGGUGCUGUCAAAGGACCAGGUCGUCGAGGUGCCGAAGGGGCGCCGAGAAAGAUAUCAUGGCGGUGGCAUCGACACAGCGCCAUAA